AGUACACAUGGUCAACCAUUUUCUUUUUCUUUUCAAUUAAUAAUGACCAAUCUAUUGUAACUUGUACUGUUUUCACGCCAUGCUUCUGAAGCUCUCGUCGUUCUGCACCAUCAAAAUCACAUAACAAAGUUAAAAAUAUCCUCAAGCUAUACGAAACUCGCGACGCGAUCAUUUCCUAAUUACAGAAGUGCAUUUAAAGAGGCAUCAUGGAUCAAAUUCAUCAUUAGCUAAUUUAAGUAAACUCUUAUCUUUAUUUAACAUUAUAUUUUAUCCACUAGUAUAUAAGUCACUUUCUGUUCUACAAACACUAGAUACAAAAUGGGAAACCAAAUAACUUACAAUAAAGUUAUCAUCACCUUAAUCUUCUUCAUUUCAUUGCUUGUCCUCCACACUGAGUCAAUUCGGCCUCCAUUUUCAUGUGACUCGUCUAACAAAGUUACAUCUUCAUUUCCCUUCUGCAAUGCUGCAUUACCAAUCUCACAAAGGGCAAACGAUGUCGUUUCGCGUCUCACUGUGGACGAGAAAGUCCUACAGUUGGUUAAUGGGGCGCCGGAAAUACCUCGACUGGGUAUCUCCGCCUAUGAGUGGUGGUCGGAAGGGUUACACGGCGUUUCUAGGCAUGGAAAAGGCACGCUUUUCAAUGGAACAAUCAAAGCUGCAACUCAGUUUCCUCAGAUCAUUCUUACUGCUUCUACUUUUGAUGAAGAUCUCUGGUAUCGCAUUGCUCAGGCAAUUGGAAGAGAGGCAAGAGCAAUGUAUAAUGCAGGUCAGCUGAAGGGAUUGACAUUAUGGGCACCAAAUAUAAACAUAUUGAGAGACCCAAGGUGGGGAAGAGGACAAGAGACAGCAGGGGAAGACCCUAUGAUGGUAGGAAAGUAUGCAGUGGCUUAUGUAAGAGGAAUUCAAGGGGAUAGUUUUGAAGGCGGCAAGCUUCAGGAUGGACAUCUUCAAGCCUCUGCUUGCUGUAAGCACUUCAUUUCUCAAGAUUUGGAUAACUGGAAUAACUUCAGUCGUUACACCUUCGAUGCUCACGUCUUGAAGCAAGAUUUGGCUGAUUCAUUUGAACCACCCUUCAAGAGUUGCGUGGAACAAGGAAAAGCCAGCAGUGUAAUGUGUGCUUACAAUCUUGUUAAUGGGAUCCCCAAUUGUGCCAACUUUGAUCUUUUGACAACUAUUGCCCGUGGACAAUGGGGUCUCCAAGGGUACAUCGUAUCAGAUUGUGACGCAGUUGACAAAAUAUAUACUGCGCAACAUUAUGCUAAAGAACCAGAAGAUGCAGUAGCUGCUACCCUCAAAGCUGGCAUGGAUGUGAAUUGUGGCUCCCACUUGAAGACAUACACAAAAUCAGCUCUAGAGAAGAAGAAAGUACAAGAAUCUGACAUAGACCGAGCUCUUCACAAUCUCUUCUCCAUGAGAAUGAGGCUAGGGCUGUUCAACGGUGACCCAAGUAAAUUGGAAUAUGGAGAUAUUUCUGCAGCAGAGAUUUGUAGUCAAGAGCACCGGGCACUAGCCCUUGAAGCAGCAAGAAAUGGAAUUGUCCUUCUAAAAAAUUCUGAUAGGUUCCUUCCACUUUCAAAGAUGAACACGAAAUCCCUUGCUGUAAUAGGUCCCAAAGCAAAUGAUUCUGAAGUACUUCUAGGAAACUAUGAAGGCUAUUCUUGCAAGAAUGUCACAUUACUCCAAGGACUUCAGGGAUAUGUUCCAAACACAAUGUACCAUCCUGGCUGCAAUUUCAUCAACUGCACUUCUGCUGCAAUAAAUGAAGCGGUUGAUAUAGCGAAAAAAGCAGACUAUGUUGUUCUAGUAAUGGGAUUAGACCAGACUAUUGAGAGAGAGCAGCAGGAUCGGUCAGAAUUGGGGCUGCCUGGUAUGCAAGAGAAACUAAUAACAGCAAUAGCACAAUCUGCCUCAAAACCUGUAAUACUUGUUUUGAUGUGUGGAGGCCCAGUUGAUGUAUCUUUUGCAAAGGACAACCAAAAAAUAGGAGGCAUUUUGUGGGUUGGUUAUCCUGGUGAGGGUGGAGCUGCUGCAUUAACAGAGAUUAUUUUUGGCGAACAUAAUCCAGGGGGAAAAUUACCGGUCACUUGGUAUCCCAAGGAGUUCAGCAAAGUACCUAUGAAUGACAUGAGGAUGCGACCUGUAGCAUCCAAUGGAUAUCCAGGGCGCACUUACAGAUUCUACAAUGGGCCAAAAGUUUUCGAAUUUGGCUAUGGCCUCAGCUACACUAACUACUCUUACUCAUUUGCCUCCGUCAGCCAAAACACUCUGCAGUUCAAGAACCUGAAGGUCAACAAGACAACUGAAAACCGUUCUGCUCUGAACAUUGCUGUUUCAGACAUUGGUCCAGAAGUAUGUAACAAAGCGACGAUCUCAGUUAAAGUUGCAGUUAAAAACCAGGGAGAAAUGGCUGGUAAGCACCCUGUAUUGUUGUUUCUAAGGUACUGUAAAGCAGAGGAUGAAGUUCCAAGAAAGUCAUUGAUAGGAUUCAAGAGUGUGAAUCUGAAAGCAGGGGAAAAUACCCAGACUACAUUUGAUGUGAAGCCUUGUGAGCAUUUUACUAGAGCCAAUACAGAUGGUUCAUUAGUUAUUGAUGAAGGAAAAUAUCUCCUCCUUGUGGGAAAUGGGGAGUAUCCUGUUACUGUGGUUGUGUGAUCUCCCAGAUCUAUUUUUUCAGUUAGAAUUUAGUUACUAGGAAGGGGAGCCUUGGAGUAAUUCAUAAAGUUGCUACCAGAGGCGAAUGUAGGAUUUCUAGAGCAUGGUGCACCACUAAAAAACAAAAGAAGAAAAAAAUAUAUUAAGUGGAAAUUUAUCCCUAUUACAUGGGUGCCAAAAUGUAAUAUUAUAUCAACUUUUAAACAUAUAUACCUAAAAUAUCCAACUUUUCGGAGA